AAGCCUUGCUUCACUAACCGGGAUACUGAAACAUUACGUGUUAGCCCUAUAAAUAAACAUUUUCCGCUAAAUGUUACAGCAAUUACCUGCGUUGAGGACAUUCCACACCGUUACCAGGCUUCAACCCGUCAGAUCCUGGAUUAUUCGCACAAUGUCCACCAAGCCUAAUGCAACUGCCAUCAACUCCUUCAACGAGAACAAUUUGUUAUAUGACCAAUUGAGACCGAACUUUCCCCAAGUGUUUGUUGACGACUUGUUGGUCGAUGCCGGGGUCGCGUCUAGUCCUCGUGAGUACAACCACUCAAAAGUCAUUCUUGAGCUCGCCGCGGGGACUGGGAAGUUUACCCGCAAUUUGAUCGAUGCCGGCUGGGGAGCCAAAGGGAGCUCCAACCUUAUCAUCGUAGAGCCCUCUACCGGAAUGUUGGGCAAGUUCCGUGAGAAUUUUCCAUCGGUAGAUGCGCGACUCGGCUCAAGUUACGAGUUACCCAUGGCUGACAGCUCCGUCGACGCCAUUUUUGUGUCCCAGGGCUUCCACUGGUUUUCUGACGAGCAAUCCUUAAAGGAGUUGUCCCGUGUUUUGAAGCCAAACGGCCGCUUUGCCUGCAUCUGGAACUUCGACUACCCCUCUGUGCCUCAAAACUUGUCCCACGAAAAUACUCCGUAUUCCAUCAAAACCGACGAGCACUUACACGCACAGGUUUCCCAGCUCAUCGCUAAUACAGCCGUGAGCAAGACCGCUCCCUACGAGAUCUCGCAGCAGGUCUUUGCUACCAAUGCCCCGUGGCAGCUCGGUAUGUUUCCGAUCAUCGCCGCCCGCGACACAGUCGUGCCACAAUACCGUCACGGAAACUGGCGCACUGUUUUUAACACCUACGAAGACAAAUAUUUCACCCCUAUCCUUAAAGAGGGCUUUUAUUUCAGGUUGGAUAGGAUCGACUGGGACUUGGUUUAUCCUUACUGGGAAACCAGAUCGUACAUUACGUCGCUUCCUGAAACGGAAAAGCUGCAGGUCAAGGCUGAAGUCGAAGCAGUCUUGGAAGCGAAGGUGGAUAGAGAGCGGGAUAUGUACGAUGCGAAGGGGAUUAAGAGAGUGUUGGGAACCCAUUAUGUUGUUACCAAGCCGAUUUAAUGAAGG